UGGUCCGGGCGGGAGAGACCCUAGACCGAACCUCUGUCCUCUCGGUCAACCUUUUCCUUCUUUACCUUCGUUUCGCUGGUGAAAAUCAUUGAAGGAUGACGACCUUACCACCGAUCUCUCCCUCAAUCGGGAAGCUCGACCUAGCUUGGGAUUACGACUCGACGUUCCCAUCAACAUCUACGUCGAGCUCUACCUCGGCAUCGACAUCAACAGCGAUACCCCCGACUCUGCAUCAACCUCAACCUCGUUCCAUCUCCAAUGGGAGUCAUCAUCCUUCCUACCUCCAUUCCCAUUCUAGUCAAGUCUCAACACAUCCACACUCCAAUCCCGGCCACAACCUCGAUCUUGGACUAGGACCUCCGAUCCACCUCUCAGACCCCAAUUCGAUCUCAAAAGUGGCCAACUCCACUUCGGACAUGUCUCCCGGUCUAUCUAGCGAAAAGAUAUACGACGAAGAUCUCCGGAUCAAAGGGUUCACCGUGGAUCAGGUGUUGGAGAGGGGGACCAAGGGGGACGUUUUGGAUCUGAGGAGGAAUGGGAGCUCGGAGCGUGCACAGCACAACGGGGAUGUGGACGGGAAUGCGAAUGUCGAUGUGGAUGGUACGGAUGGAGAUUCGGGUGUGGGUAUGAGUGAGGAGAGGAAUGUGAUAGCUGACUCACAGUUCAGACCUCCACCGGAAGAGUUUAUCAACCCCUUUCAUCGUCUCUCUCACCCCGAACCUGUCCCUAAUCAUACCCCACAAGAAGCACCUCUCGAAAUUCGAACGAACGGCCAAUGAUCAAACCCUUGCUCAGUUGGAAAGAGCCGCCUAUGCUUCGACGUUGACAAGACCGCCAUCACUGUCCCCCGACGGAGUCG